GACGCCCCAAGCAUGAAGGUGGCCAGUGGCAGCGCCGCGUCCGCCGCGGGCCCCAGCUGCGCGCUCAAGGCAGGCAAGACGGCGGGCGGCACGGGCGAGGUGGUGCGCUGCCUGUCGGAGCAGAGCGUGGCCAUCUCCCGUUGCAGCGGCGUCGGCUCCGGCUCCGGCUCCGGGUCCGGGGCGCGCCUGCCCGCCGCCCUGCUCGACGACCCGCCGGUGAACGUCCUGCUGUACGACAUGAACGGCUGCUACUCGCGCCUCAAGGAGCUGGUGCCCACCUUGCCCCAGAACCGCAAGGUGAGCCGCGUGGAGAUCCUGCAGCACGUCAUCGACUACAUCUGGGACCUGGAGUCCGAGUUGCGGUCCGAGGCGCAGGCCGGGAGCCCCGGGAGCCGGGGUCUCCCCGCCCGGACGCCGCUCAGCACCCUCAACGGCGAGAUCAGCGCCCUGGCCGCCGAGGCGGCGUGUGUUCCCACGGACGACCGCAUCUUGUGUCGCUGAAGCGCCGCUGCACGCAGGCUGCGGGACCCCCAAGCCCUCCGCGGACGAGAGGAAUGGGUGAUGGAUGGCCGGUCCUCCUGAGCACACCUCGCUG